AUGUGCUCUUCUCGCUCUAAAAUCUCCAGCAAGGCGCUUACCGCCUUCUCGCCUGAGAUUUUUGUGUACAUUGACUGUACGUCGAAACUCACCAACAGUUCCGACACAACCGACCCAAUGUUGAUCAAUCGUGUUAACGAUUCUUUCCGUAUUCGUUCUGCCUCCAACAUGUCCUCUUCUCGCUCCAAAAUCUCCAGCAAGGCGCUUACCGCCUUCUCGCCUGAGAUGUUUGUGUAC